AAACUAAAGCACUUCCGCUUUGGCACUUCCUUGUUUUUAUGUCAGCUGUGAAAUGAAAUUAACGCGCGAAAUAAGCAAAACAAAACAGAAAUGUCACUGUUGGGGUGUCCUCUUGGUGACAGAAACAUAAUCGGCUACAUUUUACCUGAAAAGAAGGUUAAAAAGGCCGAAAAUGCCGAUUCUGAUGGGGAAGAUGAUGAGGAGGAAGAAGCACAGCCGGAGUUUCUGGAUAUGAAAGAGAUGGACAGCGUUAGCUCUGGAGGACAUCUGUUUAAUUCCUCCAUACCGGCCCGAAACGAAGUUGAGUUCCUGGACAUUGUGUCUGGUAAGAGAUGCAGAGUAGAGGGCCGGUUCAGUCUGAAGGACCCAUGGUGGGAGGCUACCUUCACGGCCCGCGCAGCCAGGGGCAAGCUGGUGCUGCGGGGCUACCCUGCCUACCGCCUUCGCUCAGACCUCCAGGUGGACCAGGGUCGCUCCGUCCUGUCUCUGCGGGGCUACCCUGCCUACCGCCUUCGCUCAGACCUCCAGGUGGACCAGGGUCGCUCCGUCCUGUCUCUGCGGGGCUACCCUGCCUACCGCCUUCGCUCAGACCUCCAGGUGGACGAGGGUCGCUCCGUCAUGUCUCUGUUCCUCGCGGCCUGCGGCGUGGGUGCAGAGUUCGUCACCCCGUUCUUUGCUUGGCUGCCGAUGGGAAGGAAGGUGGGGUUUGACAACCUGCAGGAAGUUCUGGCUGAGUUUGAGGAAGGAGAGCAGCACAGAGCAUUGGCACAGCAGAUUAAAGCGUUGGUCUCUGUUUCAGUUGCUGGGAUGCGCGUGAAGGCUGCCUCUCUGUACCCCCAUGUGAUGAGAUACCUGCCUACCCUGCUGCCAGGGCGCUUCACUGAGCUACUGGGCCGGGGCAAGGGCAGCGAGAAACGUCCUGCAGCACAGGGAGCUACACAAGCCCCUACACAUGUCACACGGAUGGAUGAAGAUGAGGAAGAGGAGCGUCUCGGCUUGCUGGCUAAAAUAGAGGAGAUUAUCAAGACUGAUGUCUGGAAGCUGGGCUUUAACUAUGUGAUGUACAAGGAGUUGAGGCUCGUCCGUUGCGAGGCUCAGCUGAGAUCCUUCCAUGAGUGUGAACUCUUCCAAGAGAUCCCCCUGAAGCAGCGUAACGCCCUGCGAGUCUACGACUCUCUAAAGAUCCACUGCUGCAGGACGGGCAGUACCUACACAGAGCUCCCCAGCCUGUGUGACGAGGUCAGGAGGGGGUGUAGCUCCGUGGGAGAGGAGGAGGUUUGGGACGCUGUCCACUUCCUCAAAGAGCUGGGUGUGGUGGUGCGGGAUCGCCAGAAGGUGGCGCUGCAGAACCUGCAUUCUUAUGAGACUGGGAUAGCUGAGUGUCUACGCUGUCUGGUGCAGGGAGAGCCCUGGGUUAUACCUCUGGAUGUCAUAGAGAUACUGACUGCUUCAGCACUGGAGAGGCUGAGGAAGAGAGGAGGGAGUGGGGAGGAUCGAGGUGGAGGUGAGGUGGACUCCGACACAGAGCAGAAGGCUGAUCAUCUGAAUGAAAGGUGUGAUAUGGAGGGCACCGCUGCAGAGACAGGCCGUACUAAUACUGCUGUUGGAACGGCCAAUGGAUACUCUGGCCCAGACCACAUCAAACGAGACCCAGAACCAGCCCCCCUUACAUACCAGGGCCCCUAUCCUCCUCCAGUAGAUUUAGACCCAGACCAGGUGCGUGCGGCGGAGAUGAUCUGCUCCAACCCGGUGACUGUGAUCAGCGGUAAGGGUGGCUGUGGUAAGACCACGGUGGUGAGUCUGGUGUUCAAGGCAGCCAUGCAGCAGAGCCCAAAGAAGAAGAAGGAGGAGGAGGAGGAGGAGGAGGAGGAGGUCAGGAAGGCAUGCUGGGACUUUGAGAAUGACUUCUGUCUGUCCGAGCGGUGGGAAGAAGAAGCCCUGUCGCAGAGUCUCCUCUCUCAGUUAGAGGGGGAGGUAAAGGGGGAGGAGAGGGAGAAUUUGUUGGUUUUACAGGGAGAGGGAGAGGUGUUACUAACAGCACCCACAGGGAGAGCUGCGUCUCUGCUCACCAAGAGAACCUGCUUCAAGGCCUACACCCUGCAUCAGGUGCUGUGGAGUUUCAUGCAGGCCAAGAAAGACCUUAAUGGGGCUCCUGAGGAGUGGAAGUUUGCCUGUGUGCGUGUGUUGGUGGUGGAUGAGGGCAGUCUGGUGUGCGUUCAGCUCCUCCACUCUAUCCUCACCAUGCUCACCAAACACGCACAGCUCAGGAAGUUUGUCUUUCUGGGCGAUGUGCAUCAGCUGCCCAGUAUCCAGCCAGGCAACACCUUGUAUGACCUGUUCCACAGUCUGGGCCGGGCUCACUGGGCCAUCGAGAUGAGGACCAACCACAGAGCUGAGUCUCAACUCAUCGUCAACAACGCCGGACUAAUCGCCGAGAUGGGGAUGAAGCAUACUUUCAGACCGCUCCACUACGACGCCAUCUUGGAUCUGAAUGGGAGUUACACCAUGCCCUCUGAAGACAAGAGGUUCAUCCUCAUCCUGCUGCCCAACACCAACGAGGACUCUGUCUAUGACCUCCAGGUGGCUAUCGAACUAUUACUGAACGCUGCUCCAGGACUGAAGAAUGAUACCACGUCACAGUUCAUUGCCUUCAGAAGGAGGGAGUGUGCCUUGAUCAAUGAGCUUUGCUGCAAGCAUUACUGCAACCACCGCACCAAAAACGUCAAGAACCGACUUGAUUUCCAGCCGGGAGAUAAAGUCUGCUGUACAAAGAACGGCUACGUCGCAGACAGGAACAAGGAGGGGUCUCCUGAAGAAGAGGUCCUGGAGAACAUACCUGACAGGGCCAGGACAGGGCAGAGACUUCCUGGACUGGACAGAGAGGAGAGGGGGAAAAGCAAAAAGAAGGAGAAAGAACGCCUGUGCAACGGAGAGAUAUUCUUCAUUAAACAUGACGUGACAGAGGAGGAGGCGGGCUCACAGCGGAGCAGGAAGCAGAGGUACCUGACUCUGGAUGAUCGUGACGGACGGAUGCUGUGUGUGUCCUUUAGGGAUCUGCAGAGAGAGUGUAGACUGCAACACGCCUGGGCUAGGACCAUACACACCUUCCAGGGCUCGGAGACGGAGACGGUUGUGUACGUGCUGGGUAACGGCAGCGUCCAGACGUGGAAACACGUGUACACGGCCGUGACACGGGGACAGAAGCGUGUAUAUGUCAUAGCCAAGCAGGAGGGCAUGGCCUCAGCCAUCAAGAGACGCAUCAUCCCACGUAACACCCGGCUGGGAACCCUGGUCAAAGAGCUACUGGUCCAGCCUGGAGCUGGAGGGGCUGGGGCUGUGGGGCAGGACCAACCAGACCAGAACCAACCCCUGCCAGGCACACCUCGCAGGGCAGCCCCAGGCUUCGGGCCUACGCGGUCCACUCCUCUGGCCUCACAGACACCUAGCUGGUCUCUAUGGACCCCCUACAGAACCCCUGUAGCAGCACCCAGCGUCCUCUCUACACCCAUCCUAGCAGUCCCACUUCACGCCAAUCGUGUCCAGUCCCACUCUACAUCGGUCCUACCCAGGCAGCUGUGGAGAAAUGAGCCUCCAGCAGCUCCUCAGGCAGAUGCUACAGACACCUCUCUAAUGGACGACAUCACUUUCAGUCAGGCAUAUACCUGGUCGCCUAUGAACAGCAGCUCUGAGGACCCCUCUCAGGAGCAGCCUGGGUCGUGUGCGGAGGAGGAGGGGAUCAAGAUGGAGGCUAGCUCUGUAGAGGAUGGACACAUGGGGAAGGCUGCUCUGUCUGGGGGUGAGAGCUCCCCUCCCAAGAGGACGCUCAGUCCUGACAGUGGGCAACAGAAUGUAACUCCUUCAAAACAGAUGAAGGUGGAGCCAUUCGAAUCACCGCUGGGCUGUUCCAGCCUGCAGCAGCUCUCCCUCCGCACGCCAACUCACAACCCCCGCGGUAAACGGCUCUUCCAAGAUCCACCCUCCGACCGGGACUGACCACCUUCUCUCCCUGACCCCCCCGCAGAGACCCGUCCACACAUGGGUUCUGUUUGUUAGGGUACACCAUAGCAAAAUGUUUUGCAGCGUGCAAUUCUUAUUGAUUAUAUAAAUACCCAAUAUUCAACAUGGGGAGGAUUUUACAUGGAUUUAACACUUAAUGUUCUCUACUUAUGAUUGAUCUCCACUGCAUUGAUACCAGGAUAUCUUAUGAUUGAUGUCCACUACUGCAUUGAUACCGUGAUAUCUUAUGAUUGAUGUCCAGUACUGCAUUGAUACCAGGAUAUCUUAUGAUUGAUGUCCACUACUGCAUUGAUACCGUGAUAUCUUAUGAUUGAUGGACACUACUGCAUUGAUACCACAGAACAAUGAGACGGAUAUUUCACCGGAUGUAUAAAUGUGAAGCAUCCGCUUGCCGUUUCUACUCACUACCAAAUAUGGUAGUGAGAGGA